AUAUACGUGCGCUGCGCACUCGUGCUAGCCUCGGUUCCCCCACCACCGCGGGCCCACCAGUCGCCUCCUGACUGGCGAGGCUACUGCGCAGGCGCCGCAAGCCAGCGGUUUUUCCUAGUUGUAACUUGCAUCAGCUCCGCACUCGGCGAAGUGAUCUCGAGCGGAGAGGACGUGUUCGCGAAAGCUCCGCCGUCUCGUCGGCGGCAGUUCUCGAGGAAGUAAAAGUGUGUGUUUGAGUUCUCAGUUUCACAAGUGGGCGUAACUUCACUCGUGCACUAGACCUCGUUGCCGUCGGUAGGACUGUCGUCACCUGAACAGUGAACAACACGGCAGCAAUUUGUGAUUUGUCGGAGGAGGACCUGUGUAGUGUUAUCAGUGAUCGAAGUGUGAAUUUUGAAGACAGCUGGAACCAAGCAUGGUAUGUUGGCUGCGGUACAAUGGAUUCGCCGCAAAUGUAUGACAACGCUCAUCCUUCAGUAACGUCAGUGGACAUUGCGGCUAAAAAAGUGCUAGUGAACGGUCAGAAUAGCAGCCCCAUCUCGUCGAUCAACAACACAGGCAAGGCUACAGGUGCGAUUCUUCUGAAGCAUCAACAGUACCACCUGCAAGAGCACCAGGGAGAUCUGGCAGACCUGAAUACCCCGGAGAUAUCGUUAGAUCUGCAGAAUCUAAUAGAGGACAGUCAGUUUAACGAAGGACUUUUUACGGAAAUUUUGAACGGGCAGCCGCACGGUGUAGUGAAGAACGCGCACCACAGCCACCACCACCAUCACAGCCACCACCCGCACGCCGGCCACCACCCUCACCCCGCGGCGCAGCAUCUGCCUUCGCACCACCCUUCCGCGCGCUCGGCCAACACGGCUUCGCUGCUCGGCUCCGCGUACCCCCGCACUACUUUGGCGUAUAUGCCCCAGCCCGUCCACUCGGGCGCGACUUACAACUCUGCGGCGGCAGUCACCGCCGCGAACGGCGCUAACUCGAACGGCAGCACCGUCUCCGAGAACAGCUCGUCGGCGUCGACGGGCUCCGUGCCGAGCAUCAAAGAGGAACCACUGGAUCCUGCGGAUUUCCGCGGCGCCGCAUGCCAGCAGCAGGGAGGCGGCAGCGGCGGCGCCAAUGCAGCCGUGCCAGUGCCGUACUCCGGCGCGGCCUACUCGCCCCCGUCCGGUAACUUCGUCAGCAACGGGGGCGGCUCGACGUUCACGACGCUGGUGACGCCCGGCGCCGCGGCGGCGGCGGCCGCUGCGGCGGCGGCGGCCGUGCACGGCCACCACCCGCACCCGCACCACCACCCCCAUCAGCUGCUGGCCGCGGCGACUCUGGGCGCCGCCAAGGCCGGGGGUGCGCCCGCGCCGCCUCCGUCCGCCCCCAAGCCGCCGCAGAUGCACCACCACGGCUCGGCGGGCGGCGGCGGCCGCAAGAGCUCGAAGGCGAUCGACAAGGCCAGCGACGAGUACCGCCGGAGGCGAGAGCGCAACAACAUCGCGGUGCGCAAGUCGCGCGAGAAGGCGAAGAUUCGGUCGCGGGAGACGGAGGAGAAGGUGAAGCUGCUCGUCAAGGAAAACGAACGCCUGCAGAAACGCAUCGAGCUGCUGACGGAAGAGCUGAACGUGCUGCGGUCGCUGUUUGCCAACGUGGGUGUCGUCCCGGAGCAGCUGCACCGCGAGAUCAACAAGCACCUGGAUGCCUUCCAGCAGCAGCACCAGGGCCUGUGAUGGGGGCGUUCGGGACCGGACUCCGGCCCGACCCGACACCACCAGCACGCCGUACCUGUACCUGAGGGCGCGCCAGGUAGUAUUAGCUCUGCUGACGGACCUACUAAAUUUGUUUCGCCGCAAUUCUUGCUCGGACAGUCGAGUGUGCAGUGCAUGUACAGAUAAGACGUUCACCGUGCGCGAGUGUCACGACCUGCACAGGCAGAGUUUCGGCUUGGCUCCCUGAUGUCAGUCGAGGGCGAAUGUCGCCGCUCCUCUUCAGUAAAAAAUAUUCUCAGAGAAAUAGUUAAAAGACGGUCUGGCGUAGGACCUGUAGAUCUCCUGUGCUUUAUUUGCAGAACGUUUCCAUUCCUUUUACUUCUCGCACUAAAAUUGCCUUUUCAUGUCAUCUGUCACAUUUCAUUAGUACCCUGUAAUAUAAACUGAAAUGAUUGCUCUUUGGCCUGGAGCAGGUGUGCACGUCAAAGAUUGCGCUAAAUUACCUGUUACAUCGAGCCCCUUCGAUGCAAUAAAAAAAAUCUCAUUUCACGAGUUAAAAAAACUGUCUUAUAAAUUAUCAUCAGUGUCCCAACGUUGGUCUAAUCUGUUUUGUGUAUUUUUGAUACCCUUCAUCUACUGUCGAAUUCCGUUUAGUGCCUUGCAAAGUGUUGUACUGUAGCCUACGAUGUAAAUACGAGUAAAUGAAUGGUUCCUAAUUUGGUGUAGUGCGAAAUUUUUGUACAGUCGUCAGAAUUUCUAUUCUUGGAUGCAGUACUCUGCGCAUACUGUAGAACUUCUACAGUGGAAGUAUACUGGUGCUUUCAAUUGCAGUUGUGUAACAAUUUAGUCUUUUUAUUCGUAUAAUUUAUACGAGAACAUAUAUGUUCGUAUCUUUUAACAAAAAUUAGACUAAUGAAAUAUAUCAGUAAUUUUCUAUGAUUUUUAUUGAGAUAACGAUUCUAUAUUUCUGGACUAUAUUCUCAUAAUGAGUGACAUUUUCUAUACUAACUGUUCCGUUCCAAGAGUUGUGACAGAUGUAUAUUUCUAAUGAACAUGUACAAUAAAUGCAUGUAAUUACUAUAUGUACAGACAAUCUGCAAAUUGUGUGUUUCCAGCUGCAAUAACAAUGAUGCACAUGUAUAUGAAGUGUAAUUUACUAUGUACAUGAGGAAGACAAGACUUCAAUCAUUGUGUUGGUCUCUAAAUUGUGAUCGCCUCAACUGUGUAGAAAAGAAUUAAAUCUCAUAGUAUUUAAAUUUUAGUGCAACAUUUGUUUUUGUUGAAUGUAAAUUUUAAUAAUAAAUACGUUGAAUUAUGAAAUAAAAUAUAUAAUUGAAAGUUACUUGUUGAGCAGUUUUAUUAGAUUUUAUUUAAGUUGUGUGAUACAUAAAGUUAAGAAAUUGCAGGAUAUUUUCAAGGUAUCUGAAUUAGAUACUGAUUGUUUUUAAUUUUAUAAAGAAGCUUCUAGAGAAUUGGAAACCUACAAUGUGUGGCAAGCAUGACUUGUGCUGUUUUGUUUAUUAAAUAUUGUUCUGUCAUUGCAUUAGACAACUGAAGCACGCAUGCAAAAUUUAUGCAAUCUCAUCUGAAUUUGAUCUAGAUAAAAAAAAAUUGAAAAAGAGACGUCAUAACUGCAGGCUGUUAGGUUCAGUAGGCUUCAUCACACCAAAGACUGCACUGUCAUUCGAAGUUCUGAUAACGGCAGCAAUAUAGACAAUUAUAGCUGGUAUAAUCAAAAGAAACGAAGGUCAUGUGUGUUUGUGUGAAACUGGUAUGAACACAUAUUUAUACGUUAAAACUAGUAUUUAUUUUUGUUUCCAUAAAUGUGGUGAAUGUUAACCAGCAGUGAAUGUAUAGUGUAUGACAGUGUGAAAACUUCUUGUCAUGUGCACAAAAGUAUAUUUUGAUAAAAAAUAUAUGAUAAAUAGAAGAAA